ACAUCGACCAGUAUCACAAUCUUUCCUUCUUCUGAAGGACCUACUCAGCCGUACAGCAUACGCACAGAACUCUCCAUUGGAAUUCAGUCGAACAGCGAAUUUUCCGUUCUAACACUUAGUGUUGUUGCUAUAGCAAAAUGUCCACACGAACCAGUCCAGAGUUCUCACUAUGAUGCCUGUUGUCUUUUUCAGCAUAAGGUCCGGAAUUUGGAAUCUUCAGUAAGUAGUUGGGAUGACACAGAAAGAUGAAGUUGGGUGGUGUUUGGGCAAGUUCUGUGUGUGCUUUCAAGAGUGUGUAGAUGGUUAUUGUUACGAAGGUGAUUGAGUCUUAGAACGAUGAGUGAUGCUUGAAUCUUGAAAAGACGAAUGAACCAAGAAUUUAGGCUUUAUUCAUUUUACAAUGAAGCCGGAAUGGCUUAAACAUAUAAAGGAAAAAAAGAGUGUUAAUAGCGGUAGAGAUAUGAAUAUGACUAGAUACGUAUUAUAAGAAAAGUUCACAACAGUUAUUACUUUCCGGUUGUUCACACACUGGAAGUAGAUUUCUUCUCGAAGUACUUGAAAGCAAAAGAGCAUUAGAGCUGUGUGGUCUCAGGGCCCAUCUAAAAAUUACUUUAGUCUCACCACACUACCUGUUUAGAGUGGUUUUUUGAGUUGUCAUCGUACUAAGAUCUUACCACCAGCUAUGUAUCUUCAUGAGGUAACUUAGGGUGUGCAGUUUUUGUGUGUUUAAGCCAUAGUUCUCUUGAAAGAUGAAAAAGUUCUCAUUCAUCUUAUCGUAAAGUUAUGUUUUAGGUUCACUGACAUAACCUAACCAUAAUCGACUUGGGGUCUUAGAAGUAGAUUUUCUUUCCCAAACUAUUUUUACUCAGAGCUUCUAAAGCACAGUUUCUUGGUUUUAACAACCGUUUGGGGUUUUUCAUACCGUGAUGAUACAUCUAAAACAUCUACACCUCUCCCUCAAAAGAGUUUGCGAAGAGAUACUUUUGGUCAAAAAACUUCAACUGGAUACAAAAUAAUUCCACAAAUUACAUAGUGAAUAACGAAUCUAGUAAAUUAUUUCAAAAAGAUUCGUAUUCUCUAUGGAUCGUGGCGCUAAACGGGCCAGAUAUAGUUCAGAAGAGGAGGACAAUGGUAACAAGCAUGAAAAUUCUAGAAAGGAUGACUCGUCGAAAAAUCCGGAUAAAAUUGCCAACAUAUUUGGCAGAACUGGUGGUGCAUAUAUUCCUCCAGCUCGACUUCGCCAAAUGCAGGCCCAGAUUACAGACAAAUCCUCUGAGGCAUAUCAACGAAUUGCUUGGGAAGCCCUCAAAAAGUCUAUUCAUGGUUUCAUCAAUAAAGUGAAUGUGUCCAAUAUAUCAGAAGUUGUUAAACAGCUUCUCAUGGAAAAUAUUGUUAGAGGUAGAGGUUUAUUUGCCAAAUCUCUUCUUACUGCACAGUCUGCAUCGCCCACUUUUACUCAUGUUUUCUCUGCUCUUGUUGCUGUUGUAAACUCGAAGUUUCCCAAGAUUGGUGAACUGGUUCUCAAAAGGCUAAUCAAUGAAUUUCGUAAAGCAUUUCGUCGUAAUCAGAAAGAUCGUUGUCUAUCGACAGCACGAUUUUUAGCUCAUUUAGUUAAUCAAAAAGUUGUUCAUGAAUUAAUCAUACUGGAAUUACUGACUCUUCUUCUGGAACAAACCACUGAUGACAGUGUUGAAGUCGCUGUGUCUGUAUUGAAAGAAUGCGGUGCUAUGCUAUCACGUCUUGUACCUAAAGGUAUACAUGGAAUAUUUGAACAUCUACGACGUAUUCUAAAUGAAGGUCAAUGUGACAAACGUAUUUCUUAUAUGCUGGAAGUUAUGUUUCAGAUCCGUCGAGAUGGAUGGAAAGAUCAUCCGAUUGUUCUACCAGAACUUGAUUUAAUUCAAGAAAGUGAUCAAAUCACGCAUACAACUUCCCUACUUGAUCAAGUUGAUCCAGAGGAAUAUUUAAAUGUUUUUAAAUUUGAUCCAGAUUUUUUAGCUAAUGAAGCGAAAUAUGCGGAAAUCAAAGCAGCAUUGUUUGAAUCGAAUGAAGACUCUGACGGUGGGGACUCGAAUGAUGACAAUGAAGGUAGUGAUUCUGAUGGAUCAGAUGGUGAUGAUGAUGACGAUGAAGAGAAUGAGGAACGUCUUCGUGGUGCUGCUGCAACAGCAGAAAAUCAGCAGACUAUAAUUGAUCAAACAGAGACAAAUCUAGUUCAUCUUCGUCGUACUAUCUAUCUUAUGCUACAGAGUAGUUUGAGUGCAGAUGAAGCUGGUCAUCGUUUAUUACAAUUGAAAAUUAAACCUGGAGAAGAAUAUGAAGUAGCCUCUAUGGUUUUAGAUUGUUGUGCACAAACACGUAGUUAUGAAAGUAGAUAUGGUCGAUUAGCUCAAAGACUUUGUCGAGUUGUUUUCCCGUCUAGUGCACCAGCACCCAGUUCUGGUAGUACUAGUGUUUCUGUCAACUCUGAUCUUGGUCCUGGUAGUCGAUAUAGAAGUAAAGCUGAAGUUGUUAAACCUACUUCUAAAGAAGAAGCUUCAACGCCUGCUGUAGUAGUAGAAGAAUCCGGUCCACCACGGAGUUAUGUUGCUCAAUUUGAAAAAAUAUUCGCUGAACAAUAUGCAAUAAUUCAUCGAUUGGAGACAGCUAAAUUACGUAAUGUAGCCUUUUUAUUUGCACAUCUCUUAUACUCCGAUUCUAUAUCCUGGGGAGUAUUUGAAUGUGUACGUUUAAAUGAACGUGAUACUACAUCAUCGGGACGUAUAUUUUUAAAACAUCUUUUUCUUGAACUAUGUUCAUUUAUGGGUUUAUCAAAAUUACAGACAAGACUACGUGAUGAAACAUUACAACCAUUUUUUGCUGGCUUGUUGCCACGUGAUAAUCCUAAGGAUACACGAUUUGCAAUCAACUUUUUAACAACUAUUGGUUUAGGCGGUUUAACAUUAGAUCUUCGUGAACACUUACAAGCGUCAAGAGAUACAGCUUUAGCUAAAAAAGAUACUGAUGAAGUCAAUAGUAGAAUUCCUUCGUCUAUAUUAGGCGAGAUAUCUAUUUCGUCGUCGUCGUCGUCGUCCUCCUCCUCCUCCUCGUCAUCAUCAUCAUCGUCUUCGGAUUCAUCGUCGGACAGUGAAUCACAAUCCAACGAUUCAGAUCACCAUCACCAUCAUCAUAAUAAUAGUAAUACUAAGCAUAGAAAAAAGAAUAGUCAACCGUCUAAAGACAAACAUGGAUUGUCUAAAAAGAAAUCACAUCGUCAUCAUGACCAUCAUGAUCGCAAUCAUCAUGAUCGCGAUCAUGACGAUCAUGAUCAUGAUCGCCAUUAUCAUCAUCAACAUCGUAAAUCUCAUAAACACACAUCAUCAAAACAGUCUAAAGUACAAGUAUCACCAGUGAGAAAGCCAACAAAAUCUUCAGAUUCAAGACAUACGUAUAAAAAAGAUGAGAAUAAGUCACGCUUGAAACCUCGUCCUGUUGAUACACCAUUUUUCAAUGAUACACCCCAGUCACCGGCUUCUUCAAGUCAUUUAAAAAUGAAAGUUAAGUAGGAUGAGAUGUGUAAAGAAUACGCCUUACAGAGAAAAACUAUGAAAUUUGUAUAAAAUAGAAUUGUGUGAAUAAUAAUAAUAAUAAUAAUUGUAAUAUUAGUUGUUUUAUUUUUUUUAUUAUUUAUUUCUUCAUUUGUGUUCAUUAUUACUGAGAAGGGGA